CGUGUUGAAGAAAGGCAGACCUUGAUUUCCCAGCUGAAUUCCCUUGCUGGAAAGCCAUUUUUUCUCAAAGACCAUUUGUCGCGAUUUAGCCUCUGCAGCAUGACAAGGAUGGUUUUGAGCAACAAGUAUUUUGGUGAAUCAACAGUUAGAAUAGAAGAUUUGCAGCGCCUGGUAGAUCAAUGGUUCUUACUUAAUGGUGCUUUCAACAAUGGAGAUUGGAUUCCAUGGCUCAGCUUCUUGGACCUACAAGGCUAUGUGAAACAGAUGAAGGCUUUGAAAAGAACUUUUGAUAAGUUCCACAACAUUGUGCUAGAUGACCACAGGGCUAAGAAGAAUGAAGAGAACAACUUUGUCCCAAAGGACAUGGUUGAUGUCUUGUUGAAGAUGGCUGAAGACCCUAACCUGGAAGUCAAACUCACUAAUGACUGUGUCAAAGGGUUAAUGCAGGAUUUACUAACUGGAGGAACAGAUAGCUUGACAGCAGCAGUGCAAUGCGCAUUUCAAGAACUUCUUAGACAGCCAAGGGUUAUUGAGAAGGCAACCGAAGAGCUUGACCGGGUUGUCGGGAAGGAAAGAUGGGUAGAAGAGAAGGAUAUUGACAUGGAUGGACAUAACUUUGCUUUGGCUCGGGGCGAACGAGGUGUCCUGGCUAUAGCCUUGGACUUAAGGUUAUCCGAGCAACGUUAGCCAACAUGUUGCAUGGAUUCAGCUGGAAAUUACCUGAAGGUAUGAAGCCAGAAGAUAUAAGUGUGGAAGAACAUUAUGGGCUCACUACACAUCCUAAGUUUCCUGUUCCUGUGAUCUUGGAACCUAGACUGUCUUCAAAUCUCUAUUCCCCUAUCACUUGAUCCUAAGUGCUUCCUGUUAUAGCUAUAUCUUUAUUCCUGAGCCUAUGAUAUUGGAGUACACUCAAAAGUGAAGAACUUUUAGAUUUUUGUCUAUUUCUGUUUUCUGAAUUAGUUUAUUCAAGAACAAAAGAAGACAUCUAUGAAUAAAAAAGAGUUAGUUGUUA